AUGACGUGGGUAGUGGCUCUGUGUCUGGGGCUGUUGUUGCCCCUGGGUCACUCCAAGACAGUCCACAUCUAUGUCAGCCCCAAGGGAUCAGACGGGAACUCGGGGUUGGAUGUCUCCCAUCCGGUGGCCACCCUGGACAAGGCCAGACAGUUACUGGACAGCGGUGGCAUCAGGGGCAACACUGUGUACGUGGAGUUGAUGGGAGGCUACUACAACCUGCACUCCACCCUACACUUCACCCACGCCUACACCCAGCCGGUCACCUUCAGAGCCUACCAGGACCAGGAGGUCCACGUGACAGGAGGCAAGCAGAUCCCAGCGCACCUGUUCACCCAUGUGACAGACCACAAUGUGUUGAAUAUGCUGCCAUCAAAUUCAAGAUCAAAGGUGAUGCAACUGCACUUACCCAGUGCCGGUGUCACCGACUACGGCAAGAUGAGCAACUUCGGCUUCUACCGGUCCAGGACUUCAUGGUUGGAGAUUUUCAUCAACGGGGAGCCAGCCAGAUUGGCCCAGUACCCGAAUGAGUCCCUGGUGGGGAGGCAUGGCAAGAUCAUCACCUAUAGCACACAGGAGGAUUCCAGAUGGGUACAUGAGAAGGAACCAUGGGCUUACGGCUUCUGGUACUGGAGCUGGGCGGACGAUGCAGCGGCCAUCAGCCACAUUGAUACCCAGAAGCAUCAGAUCACUCUGGCAACUGACACACACUAUGGAGUCAGAGUAGGUCAUUACAACCCGGCCCAUCUCGCCUAUGCUGACAAUCAGGGUGGCUACUUCCGUGUAUUCAACAUGCUCACAGAGCUGGAUCAGCCGGGAGAGUACUAUCUGGACCGAUCCAAUGGCAACUUGUACAUCUGGCCCAACACAAAGACGGGCACCUUGUCCUCCUCUGACGUCAUCACUGUGUCUCUCAUCAACGACUGCAUCAGCAUGGACCGAGGGGUGGCAAACCUCAAUUUUGUGGGGUUCACUCUGGAGGCGUGUCGCCACGAGGGCAUCAGAGGAGACAGCUUACAUAACAUCAACGUCCAGAACAUGGAAAUAAAGAAUAUGGGUGCUGGGGGUGUCCACUUGACAUCAAGUAGCCAUGUCACGGUAUCCCGUUGUGAGGUCUAUUACACCAACGGAGGCGUUAUCAUCAGCGGUGGAGACCGGAAGACGUUAACGCCCUCUGGCAACGUGGUCGAAGACAAUCAUAUUUGGAAGUUUGCCCGCGUAGGGGGCGUUGGUUACAACGGCAUUUCUCUAGGGGGCGUUGGCAACGUGGCCCGAUACAAUCACCUUCACGACGGCCAAUACACAGGAUUGAUGUGGGGGGGUAACGACAACAUAAUGGAGUACAACCACAUUCACCAUAUGUGUGUGAACAGCACUGAUUGUGGCGCAGUGCAUUCUGGGAGAGAUUGGGCUGCGCGUGGCAACGUCAUCCGAUACAACUACAUCCACAACGUUGUCAAGAACAUGCCUGGGGCAGAGAACAGGGGCAUCAUGCUGGACGACCAGUACUCCAGCGUCACCAUCGAACACAACGUCUUCUUUCCAGAAUCAAUACCACGUUAACAUUGGCGGCGGUCGUGACAACAUCAUUCGCUACAACGUCUUCUACGAUGCCGUCAACUAUCCCCUGAACGUGGACGGCCGUGGUCUCCGGUCUACCAGCAACCAGGCGACACUAUUUAACACA